AUGAAUAUGGUUUUACAUUAUAAAUUAGCUAGUUCAUGUGUUGCCUGUCGACUUGAAAUCAAACCAAAAACAAAGAGUUUAGUGAAACCGCUGAAUAACUCUUUGCUGUUCACCUGUGAGAAGGUAAGUGAUGAUGGUGGUUAUGAGGAUGAUGAAGAUGGCGUUGAUGAUUUCAAUGGAGGCAGAAUCAAAUUGAAAUGGUUUAACAAGUAUGGUGAAGAAAUUGUUGGCUCAUCUGGAAGAAUCUACGUGGAAAGUGGUUAUAACUCUAUAAAGUUGUUCAUAACAACAAUCAAAGAGGAGGAUGAUGGUGAUUAUACAUGUAAAAAUAUUGCCAGUGCAGUCAGUGAUGAUAAUGUUGAAAUGGCUUCUAUUAGUUUGUCAGUUUACAAGGACAUAACAUUUGAGGAUGCACCAGAGAAACAAUAUAUAGAAAUUCAUAGCAGUUCAACCAUUAAAUGUGUCGUUAGUGGCCUGCCAGUCCCAUUUGUGUCUUGGAGGUUCAAUGGCAGAAAAAUUAGUCCUGUACCUCCCUCUAUGACGAAACAUAUGUUGGAUGUUCAGGAAGUUGCUGAAGCUGGUAAUGUGACACUUUCAUGUUCGGCUCAUGCCAUGCCUUCUCCAACUUACCAGUUUUUUAAAACUGCAAAGACAAAGAACAAUGAGAUGGCUCAACAGGGUGCUAGGAUCCAUUCUUUACCGAAGAAGAUUACCAUUGACCCUGUCAAAGGCAUCAUGGUUAUAAUGAAUGUUAGCAAGCUGACCGGUGAUGAUGAUUAUAUUUAUCAAUGUUUGGCUGUUAACAAACUUGGAAACGAUUCCAGCUUUGGACAAAUCAAAAUUUUAACACCACCAGUAAUCAGCCUACAACCAAUAGUUGUGACAACUAAAAAUUCCAAGGUCACCAUUGAAUGUGCUUCUACUGGAGACCCACUACCAGAUUUAUCAUUCAUGAGAAAUGGCGAAAAACUGAUGUCCGACUUUCUGCCGAACAAGGGUAGACACGUGUUAAAUGAAGUCAACCAGACGUAUUUGUUGUUGGAGAUAAGUGAUGUAGAAGUUGAAGAUGCUGGUACCUACACAUGUGCCUCCAAUAAUUCAGUUGGAUACGAUGAAAAAGGGAUUGACCUUGUUGUUCAGUAUGCGCCAGUGUUUGUUGGUUACAAAUCAUCACUGAAGAGAAUGCAUGCCUGGCCUGGGGUCUCCAUCAACAUGAGCUGUCGUGUGCGGGCGGUGCCUCGGCCUGUCGUGCAGUGGUUUGUAAUGAGGAAUACACCCGGAGAUGGUGGUGAGGAUGGCUAUCAAGUCGUUCAUGAUGGUGGCAAGGUUUACAAAGUGUUUGAAAGCGAGGAAGGCCCGCUCCUGCAGAUAACAGUGGAAAAAAAAGAUGAUGAAAUUAGUUCAGACAAUCACACUGACGUGAGAGACAAGAAUAUUGAUGAUGAUGAACGCAACAUUUUCACUGGAUACAUGUGCAAGGCUGUGAAUGAUCACAGGAAACAAAAGAAGGAGGCGGAUUGGUUUUCACAGAACCCAAGGCCUGUUUUCACUGGGCCUGUCUGUGAGUCGGUCGGCUUUCGCACAACCCUGGCCUGUUUUCACUGGGCCGUCAAGUCUGAUCGGCUUUCGCACGACCAAGGGCCUGUUUUCACUGGGCCUGUCAGUCAGUCGGUCGACUUUCGCACAACCCUGGCCUGUUUUCACUGGGCCGUCAAGUCUGAUCGGCUUUCGCACGACCAAGGGCCUGUUUUCACUGGGCCUGUCAGUCAGUCGGUCGACUUUCGCACAACCCCGGCCUGUUUUCACUGGGCCGUCGAGUCUGAUCGGCUUUCGCACGACCAACACAAGACAACAAGAGUCAGAACAACACUGGAAACAAAUUGUGUGUCUUCAGUACGCGUGCGAAACUAUGCCAAUGAGCAUAGUCUCGUACUAAAUCCACUUUUGAGAACUUAA